UUAGUUUUGUGAGAGUGCUGACGGAGAAUUGUGCAAUUUAAGCGUUGGCGUGAUUGUGGCUUUAGGACCCUAAAGUGAAAGACUGGGCAGAAUCGGGUUUAAGCUUUGCUUGGAGAGUAAUAACCCGGUGUAACGUACAGAAUAGCCCGAAGGUUUGGUUUGGGGUCUGAACAUUGCUCUCCUGUGGGCCCGGGCUGAGGAGAAACUAUUCUGGGCGGGUAUUCCUGUUCCUGGCUCUUCUGAAAGUUUUGCCUAGGGAAGCAAAGAGCCAAGUCACUGACAGGACGGAGAGCCGUGUGAUGUGACUGAACCCGCAAGUGUUCACAAUUAAGGGAGUCCCGGGGUCCCUAUAUCAAGUGAGAGGUUAUCCAGUGUGGCCUGGCACCCCGCUAGACAUGCUUGCUAUUCACUUCUCAUGGGACAGUGUGGGGGGCUUGCAGUCUGUGCUGCUCUGUCUGCUGCUGCUGCUGCUCAUCACUUGGCUCUUGUGUCUGCUAGAAACGAGGCCUUGGCACAACUCACAGCCAUGUCUGUCCGGCCCUCAGCCUCAUACUGAAGUGCACAUAGUGGCACAGAGUAUGGAUAAUAUCCUCAGCCAGCUGAAGUUCCUCAACCCUGACCAGCUAAGAGACGAAAUACUAAAGGCCGGAUUAAAGUGCGGACCCGUCACAUCCACAACAAGAUUUAUAUUUGAGAAGAAGCUAGCACGUGUCUUACUGGAGCAACAGGGAGUGGGCUUAGAGGAAACUUCAACUCUCUGUGAUGCUAAUGCAAGUGUGUCGGAUGGGAAUGCAGGAGCUGAUAACAAGCAGCACACACCUUGCAUCCAGCAGAAAAACUGCUUAGAAGAGGGGGACUUUGGGUACAGUGUUGGACUAAAUCCACCUUCAGAAGAGACCACAUUGGCAGAGAAAUGUUACAAAGAAGUUAACGGAAGAUCAAUAGGUGAAUGUCAGACCUUCACCCCAACACCUAAGGAUCCAUCUCUCUUUUAUGCCGUUUGCCCUGUGUAUGAGGAGACAUUAAAUAAAAAUGACAAAGUACACAUUUAUGCAGACAAGAAAGAAGCGCUUCAAGUGGUUAAGAUGUUAAAGGGUUCAAGAUUUAAGGCUUUUGUUUCCAGGGAGGAUGCUGAGAAGUUUGCAAGAGGGAUAUGUGACUAUUGCCCAUCACCAAGCAAGUCUUCAGUGGCCCUGUCCCCUGUAAAACUUUCACCAGCACUACUGAGAGAUGGAAUCAACUCUUCAGAGACUGAAAACAUCAACAAAGAGAGGGCGAAUAACUUCAAGAGUCCCAGGACACAAGAUCUGACCGCAAAGCUGAGGAAGGCUGUAGAGAAAGGAGAUCUAGCAACUUUUUCAGAUCUUAUUUGGGCCAAUCCACGUUAUCUCAUAGGCUCUGGGGAUAACCCUACUGUAGUGCAGGAAGGGUGCAGGUACAAUGUCAUGCAUGUGGCUGCUAAGGAGAAUCAGGCUGGUAUCUGCCAGCUCCUCUUGGAUACAUUGGAAAAUCCAGAAUUCAUGCGGCUCAUGUACCCAGAUGAUGAUGACCUCAUGCUACAUAAGCGGAUCCGAUAUAUUGUUGAUCUGUAUCUGAACACUCCAGACAAGAUGGUUUUCGACACUCCUUUGCACUUUGCUUGCAAGUUUGGUAAUGCUGAUGUUGUGAGUGUGUUAUGCUCACAUCCUGACAUUUUAAAAAAUCCUCGAAACAAGUAUGAACAGACACCAGAGGAGGUUGUCUGUGAAAGAAGCAAAAAUAAAUCUGCAGAACUUAAGAAUAAGAUGAAAGAGUAUUUGAAAGGUAAUUUUUAUGUGCCAUUACUACGGGCUGAGGACAACUCCUCAUUUCCAGUUAUAGGAGCAACUUGGUCUCCCGAGCAGCCAGACCUAUUUCAGACCAGAUUCCCUGGCAGUCCCAAAGAUCCAGUGUUGGCUGUGAGAGCAUUUGCAGGCCCUAUGAGCCCUUCUAAGGCAGAGGAUUUCAGAAGAGUUUGGAAAACCCCACCAAGGGAGAGAGCUGAAUUUUAUCACAAAAUCAGAAAAACUGACCCAGAAAGAGGAGCGGAGAGAGUGGGAAGAGUGCUCGCUCAUGAGUUGGAUGUGCCUUGGGUGGAAUACUGGGAUUUCCUUGGCUGCUUUGUUGACCUCUCUUCCCAGGAGGGUCUGAGGAAGCUGGAGGAGUAUCUGAGCAAGAGAGAAACAAGUGAGAGGGCACAGCUGGAUACAGACUAUGACAUAUGUAACAAGUAUAAAACUCCUUCAGGAAAGCGCAAAAAAAUGUGCAAUUCUAUAUCAGUUGGAGCCUUUCUGGAUGAUGAGGACGAUAUGAGUUUGGAAGAGCUCAAAAACCGUCAGAAUGCAGCGCUAAAACACAGCUACUCUCAUUCAGACACAAUCACAGAUUGUAUUAUGGAUACCAGUGCAGUUCCUAGCAGUGAGCAGCAGAAUGGUACCAAACCUGGAUUCUGUAGCCCAUUAAGCAAUGAUCCGUAUGUUCCUGGGGAAAGUAGGCAUAAAGGUCUAACUGAAGGAAUGCUAUCGCCAGUCUCUAACCUUAUGGCCGAGUUUGAAAAACUGGCAGUUUCAGAAAAAAGUGAGCUUGACAACAAGACAUGGAACAUAAAAUCUUCACCCUCCAAAGGUGAAAAUGUAGUUCUGGCUAGUCAAAGCCAAAUGGCUAAAGAAACUGAGCACAAUUUCCAUGCUGGUUCAUCUACAAACACAGAUGGUUCGGUAUUAUCACAAGUUGAGCAGCUGAUGCCGGAGCUCAGCCUGCAGGAUAAACUUUCCCCUCCCAGAAACCAUAUUGGUCUCUCGCCCCCACGUGCCUCUUCAGAGUCUUCCAUUCAUCUGGGUAUGAAGACUCCACCCAGAAACCAAUGUAACAGAAGCAUCUUCAUGCUGGGAGACGAACCUUCCAAACUAGACAGUCAUGUUCUGUCAGCAGUGGAAAAUGUAGAAAUUGAUGGACAUCAGUACCCCAGUGUUUCUAAAUGGAAGCAAGCAGUGUUGUCUUAUCCCAAUACAUCUCGCCAAAGUUGGCCAAGCCCAGCACUUGUGUCAGGUAGAAGUAAAUCACAGAUGUUCUGUCCCAAUUCUCCCGGAAGCCAUGCCUAUUCUACUCCUGGACGAAACAGUCCUGUUCUUGGAAGCCCUGGGAAAUACAUGAACACUUCUGAUUUUGGCAGCCCAGGAAGGUACAGUCCUGCCUAUGCCAGUCAUAUCCAACUUCUACGCCUCCGACACUUUUCAGACCACCCUGCACUUUAGAACUUCCUUAUCCGAGGCUGGAGCUCCACCACACACACAAUGUUUUUGGAGAGAACGGCCGAAAGUGAUGAAGUCGUCUUGUGAGGACUAUUUAAAACUCAAUGAAUUGUUCCUAAAAUAAGAAGCAGAUCAUGGGGGUCUGAUACAUAAUUUAUUCUUCAACAUUGAAGGUGUCUGUAUUGGAAAGGGAAUAGACUGUAAUAAUUAGACAGUCAGGCAAUGCGUCGGUUAGCUGAAACUAGAUUGUAGAGCAAUAACUUUAUCUGUAGGUGGUUUUUCUCUUAUACAACUGACAAUCGAAAAAAAGAAAUUCCAAAUUUUAGCCAAGUACAUCAAGUAUCUACAUUCUUGUGUCGCGGGGGAUUUGUAGUUUUUUGUAAAUUUUUUUGUUUUUUUUUUUUCUUUUUAUGGUUUUCAACCUGUUUUAAAUGCAAUACAUUUUAUGGAGCCCCCCCAAGUAUUAUAUCUUUAAUAGAGAAAAACUCUAAAGUGUUUGCUUGGCUCUUGCCAACCCCCCAUACAGUGGAAUAAGCCAGUAACAUUUUAAUUACAGUAUGCACAAUAAUUGUUCAUGUACAGACACCCACGACGACACGUCCAGCUUGAACUCGGACCAAAUGUAUUAUACCAGUAAAUAUGAUUGCCAUAUCUGA